GAAAGUGUAGAGACUACUACGUGGCUUCCAUUUAUUGGUUGAACCUAGAGAAGCCGCAUCUACGGUGCCGUUUUUCCAAAUUUCAAGCAUUUGGCCUGUGAGAACGAAUAAAUCUGGAGGCCUGCAAAUUGACAAAUCCAUUUUGAGAAAAAAAAAAAAGGAAGUAAAGAGUUCAGAGUUGGCCGUUGGGAGAGUAGCAGUAACUCGGUGAGUCAAUAUAUGAUAUAGAAAUCGAAAAAUGGCGGUGGAAACGAAAUUUGCAGCGUUGUUUGAGAAGCUAAAGGUGGAAGAUCCAUGGCUCCCUCCUCGAACCUGGGAAUCCAUUCCUUCUCAAAGUGGUCCUACUCCUUUUCCCGCCUUUCAACCUCCCAUUUCCUCUUCUUCAUCUGUUUCCGAGGCAAGUUUGGUGAGGUUGGCAUUGAAUGCACUUCAUGGUGUAGAAUCAUCUCUUGUUAGUAUAGAAAAGCUUUCUGCUGCCUUUUGUUCUGAUCCUGCUGAUAGGACUUUCCAUCAAACACCUAGUCUUUGGAACCGGUCUUUGAGCACUCAUGCUCUGGGGAAGAUUCUCAAAUUGAUAGGCUGCUGGGGUUUCUUAGUUUUCCUUCUGCAUAAGUUUGUAGAUUAUUUCAUGAAUUUGAAUCUCAAUGGAAAUUUAUAUUCGUUAGGAAAGGGCUGGGAAAUUUCUCAAGCAGCAGACAAUCAAAAUCAUGCCGGCCACAAAGUGCAAGAGGAAGAGGGUCCUCAAUGCAGCCUUGUUAAUCAAGCAUUCUCUGUUGCUGUAGGAAAGGUUUUGGAAGGGUACAUUUGUGCAUUGGACACAUUAUAUGCAUCAGUAAAUUUAAGACAUUCGUCAAAGAGUAUUGAAGUCUCUCCUUGUGUGUCUUCUGGCUGUCUCACAAGUGUAGUUUACUCUGAAAUUACGCUAUUAGAGGUAUACCUGCACACAAAGGAAUUGAGGACCCAGAUUGAAGCUCUUGGGAAUAUAUGUAACCUGCAUAAUUUAGCUCAUUGCUUCUCAGAAUCUUCUUUAGAGGAACUAACUUAUAAAGCAACUACGCGAUUUCAUAACUUUUUCAGGGGAGGUGAUCUGCUUAGUUACUUGUAUACACAGCUAAAGGUUGCUGAUCCUACUCACUGUGCUUUACUCAAGUUUCUCUUUCUUCGGUCAUGUGAACCGUAUUGUGAGUUUAUAAGGUCAUGGAUAUUUAAAGCUGAGAUUAACGAUCCUUAUAAGGAGUUUGUAGUAGAAUACAGUGACACAUUACAACAUUGUUCCUUUGGGAAAGCUGGCAUCUCAAUUGACUUUCCAAUGGCAAGUAUUACGGAGCGGGAUGGAGCUGCUGUUCCAUGUUUUCUGAAGGAUGCUUUGAUUCCGCUUGUCAGGGCUGGUCAGCAGCUUCAAGUUCUAAUGAAAUUGCUUGAAUUGCGUAAAUGUGUUGACCCUGGAGACCAUACUUAUUCAGAUUUUCUUCCUUGCUGGAGUGGUUUUGCUGGCAGUAAUCCGUUUUAUGCUUCUUCAAUCACUUUUGGCAAAGAAAAUAUAGAAACCUUGGUUCUCAUGAGGAAUGGUUACUAUGAGAGGAUGCAGGAGAAACUUGAAAACUUACUGACAGGGUUGGAAUUCAGUUAUCAACAGGUCAUUUCGCAUUGUGCUGAACCUCUUUGCUUUGGCAAUAGUGGUGGCACUCUAAAUAUUGCGGCUUCACUCACAGUGGACGACAAAUUGGUUGUUAAUUCAACAGAACGAAGUUGCUUAAAUGUGUCUCUUGACAAUAAUGAUUUUGAUGACUCUAGUACAAAAGAUGGGUCCUCUCAUGAAGUUGACAUCUUUGAGCCAUUUGAGUGUUCAUCAACGAGUAGUUUUGAAGAACAAACUGAGUCUGAGCAGUUGAUUGAACACUCUAAUAAUAUUGUUUGGCCUAAACAAAAUUAUUUCUCUUCCGUAAGCUUCUCCAUCAGUACCCCAAUCGGUAAUUCAUUGCAACAAGCUUUGCAGAAUGAAAAGUCUUGCCACAUGGAAAGCAAUUUGCAAGAAUUUUCAGAAAGAACAGGUGGCCAUGGCAAUUUUGUAGGUUCUGAACCCAAUGGGACAAUAAAUGACCACAUAUCUGCGCACCUUGAGCCAAACUGGUUGUGUACAGAAGCUGAAUGUGCAAAUAUUUUACCUUGCAAAGGCUGGCCCGUUGACAGUGCGAGGAAUAAUGCUUUUUACAUUGCAGGUGACUACAGAGAUGAUAAAAGGUUACGUCUAUCUGACUCUGGCAUAGAGAAGAGAAAAGGUACUGCACAAUUCUUUGAUAAAUUUGUGCAACAUUUUAAUGAAUCAAUUGCUAGCAACAAUACUUCAACGGUGGAUGCCUUAAAGGAGGAUCAACUUGAAAAGGACUCUACUUCACGGUUAUUUCAAUUGCAACAUUUCAACCUUACUUAUGAUGGCAGCCUUCUCAGCAAAAACCCAAUGUUGACAAAAAAUGCUUUUUCCCGGCUGAUGAGCAAAUCUAGUGACUCAAGCAGCAUAGACUACCAACAAAAUUUACCUUGCUUUGAUUUUUCUUCAGUGGAUGACCCUUUUAAGGUUUAUGUCAAAAGACUAACUGCUGGAUUUACACAUGAAUUUUCUGGGAAUACCAAUUCUUCUGUGGCAAAUGGUACGAGUAAUCAGGAUGAUAAACAAGCCUACGGGGGAGAUUUUCUCUUGGUUGACAAUGCAAAAGGUUCUUAUGCUGCUCCACUUUUGGAGUUAAAGAACCAAAAACAGGAAGUCAUUUCAACAACUGUUUCUGGUGGAAGGUAUUGGGAGAGUUUGCUUGGUAGUUCUAGAACCCCUAAUAGUAAUGGGGUUGGAGAUGUCAAGCUGAAUACAUCUUCAACAUUUGAGAUACCCCUUGAUUUUGUUAUUGACAAAUGCCUACUGCAGGAAAUCUUGCUUCAAUAUAACUAUGUCAGCAAGUUAACAAUUAAGUUGCUUGAAGAAGGAUUCGAUUUGCAAGAACAUUUGCUAGCACUGCGGCGAUACCAUUUCAUGGAAUUGGCAGACUGGGCAGAUUUGUUUAUUGUGUCCCUUUCACAUCAUAAAUGGUGUGUUACAGAGGUGGAUCGGAGACUCUCUGAAAUUCAAGGACUUCUUGAGUUGUCAGUUCAGAGGUCAUCUUGUGAAAGAGACCAUCAUAAAGAUAGGUUAUUUGUGUAUGCAAAAGGGCAUGGCAUGAUGCCUCUUUCAACUUCUACAAUUGGUGUCCAUUCCUUCGAAUUUUUAGGUCUGGGAUACCGAGUGGAUUGGCCUGUCAGCAUUAUUUUGACUCCUGGUGCAUUGAAAAUAUAUGCUGAUAUAUUCAAUUUUCUGAUACAACUGAAGCUUGCUGUUUUUUCAUUGACUGACGUAUGGUGCUCAUUAAAGGAUGUAGUUCACUUGAUCAGUAAAACAUGUCAUUCUACACUACAUGAACGUGAAGUGGGCCAUUUUAACAUGUUAAUGAAGUUGAGACAUCAGGUCAAUCAUUUUGUAUCUACAUUACAGCAAUAUGUACAGUCACAACUAUCACAUGUAUCGUGGUGCAAGUUUCUUGACUCCUUUAAGCACAAGGUCAAGGAUAUGAUGGAUAUUGAGUCGGUGCAUAUGGCAUAUCUAACUGAUUCACGACAUAUAUGUUUUCUCUCUGAUGAAACACGAUCUAUAGCCAGCAUCAUAGAGAAUAUUUUACAGUGUGCCCUAGACUUCCGGUCUUGUCUUACUGGCGGUAGAUGGAAUGUGGGACUUGCUGAAGGCGAUUUAAUGGAUAAACUUUCUAGGAUCAAUAUAUCCCAGGUUCUUGCUAUAAAACAAAGUUUCAACAAAAAUCUUAAAGAACUGCAUCUACUCUACCUCAAAUCACCUAAACAUGGAGAGUUUGGGCUUUCCUGUUUCUGGGGAUAUCUCAACUACAAUAACUAUUACUCUAAUGAAAAUGAAAUGGGCUGUUAUGCUUUCUCAAUCUGAAGUCCUUUCCAUGAAGAUUGAAAUCUGGCAGUGAUUUGCUUUCUUGUGUGACAUAAGAGUUCAUUGAACGGAGUUCAAAGUAGAAGUAAACUACAUCAUGGUUUGGAUUUGAUAAGUUGUUGGACUCUUAGCAGCAGCCAAUCUGCACCAUAUCAUAUUGCUCUGCUGUGGUGGGAUGUUCAUGCAAGGUGAGUCAUCAACUCUAUUUGGUUGGCUAUGGUGAAGUUGUGACAUGCGAUUUGAGAUUUAUUGUUUUCGGGUCUGUGACUGUAGUGUAAAGCCUAACAUUUUUUCUCUUGGCCUGAGGGCUAAGAUAUGAAUUUGUUUUACAAAAAGGGAAAGUUUGCAAUGUGUUUCUGAGUUGCAAUAAUUUUUAAAAUAUGUAGAUUAAUGUAGAAACAAAUU